UAAAUCCUUCCUUCCUUGCCAAGUAUAGCUACCAUCGUCCGAAAUGGCAUCUGCGCCGACGAUACCAAACUCACUAACGCCAGCGAUCUAUCUCAUAUCGGAAUCAAUGCGACAAGAAAACGAGAGAAAUAGCUUGCUCGAUUCCGGGUGAUCUUCUGCGCGUUUUGGACGAUCAUCUGUACACUUUGGAGGUGGCAUUCACUUCAAUUUUUCAGAAUCAAAAUGAGUUUUGAUACAUAUGCAGCAUUCGAAGAAUCACUAAAAGCUUCAAGGACGCGGAAACGAAUUCCUAAUGUAAAUAAAACUGUUUUAAAGAAGGUUAUACAAAGCACAGACGCUUAUAAUCGUAAUCUACAAGAGCAAGAGAUGUGGUCUCGUCACUUCGCAUCAAAGGAAACUAGGAAUCGAGAUAGUUCACGCUCCAGUGACUCUGAUAGGAAUAAAAUCAGUAAACCCAAAAAAAGGAAAAAGAAGAAAUCCAGAAGAAGAGAAGAGAAUAGAACAGAUAAAAGAAUUGAAUCAUCUUUGAAAUCAAAAACACAAAUUAAUUCAAAUGCUGAUUCUGAAAUUGGGCCUUCAGUGAAUGGUUUUUUAACAGCAAAUAAUUUAAAAUGGGGACAUGAUGGAUACCAUGAACUUUAUGAAAAUGAAGACUCUAUCGAUUCUAAUAUUGAGGAUAAAAAAUUAAAAAAAAACAAAAAGAAGAAAAAAAGAAAGAAACCUAAAUCUGAAUCGAGUGAUUCAGACUCAAAUUUUGAUCGGAAGCGGAGAAAAAAAUCGAGAAAACAUUAAGUUUCAAUUUUAUUAUGCAGAAAUAUAAACUAUUCAUUUAGCAGUAUUAUCUUUUAUUCAUAUUAUAUAUUAUUUUAUUUAUACUUGUUUAUAUAAAUGAUCACUGAUACUCAAGGAAAUACAAUUCAUGCACAGGCCAAAAUCUUUUCAAUCCAGCACUCCAUAUCCAACUAUACUAUACGCAAGGCAAUGGACAUUGGGUUUGGACUCCUGCUAGUUGGGCAUAGUUAGGUUCAACGUUCUGUUCAUUUUACUCAGGAAUAUUGUUUAAUAUUGCAGAUUGUAUGUUUGUUGGAUUUUAUGUGAUAGAAAGAGAGUUAUAAAAAUGUAAUUACACAAGAAGAUAUUCACUUAUAUACUAGGAUUAGGGUGGAGUGCUGACCCACCCUAAUCUGACCGGUAUGAUGAUAUCUGCUGGUAUGAUCUGACCAAUUGGUCGAUCAAAUAUCAAUAUCUCCAACUGGCGAUUAUGAAUGAAUUGUUUAGUGAAUGUAUUCACAUUAUUUCACUUUGAAAAUUUUUUAUACAAGAUUUGAUUUGGGAAUCUUUUUGAUGCUGAGUUCCUAUAAUUGAGUCACAUACUUAUUUAAUUUUCAAAAUGGGAUCGCAGAACAAUAAAGUUUUAAAUAGCCCUAUUGAUAGAAUGGCUUUUUAUUUAAAAAUGUAUUUGUCGAUACCAUUGCACAGAUUUUAAAAGUACAGUAUUUCUGGAAUGUUGCUGAUACUACAAUAAUCUGUCUUUUUCUAUUGAUAAUGCUUUUAUGAUGGAUUUUAUGAUUAUUUUAGUACCGAUAAGCGAAUUUGCACCGCAUGCAUUCAGAAGUAAAAAAGACUUAUCAUUGAGCAAAGUGAUGCAUUUCGCUCCUGUAGUUACCGAUUGCUUUGACACUGAAGUGAAUUCCACGUUGCAGAAGUUCUUUAAAGAAUCGAAAGGCAUAUCAUUCAAAUAAAAAAAAAAGAAUUAACCAGUAUGCCCUGUUUUACAGCAUUCAUGCACUUUGUACAAAUAAUAAACCUAUAAAAUAUCAUUACACCUCAAUUUUCUAAAUUGCACGUUAAUAAUAUUGAUCACAUAAACUAUACAUCUUUGCUUGCUCAAGGGUUAAAUGUGAUCAGUGACAAUAUAUGUGUUAUUUAUACACGGCGAAAUGUAAGCCAUUGGAAGAUUUGCAUAAUUUGAGCAUAUUAGUCCCAUUCUUGUUAGACUACAGUUUUCUAUGUGCAUGUUUAUUACUUUACUCUUAUCUUUUCCUAGAUUUGCAUUUUAGUAAUAAUGUAAGAGGUCAUGAUAAUUUGGAAACCUUGGACCAUUCUUGAUCUAAUCAUAAAGUUUUUGAUCUGAAGUUCGUAUCUCGCAUCUAGCAGUAUUUGCUUUGGUCAUGUGACUGAAUUCAAUAAAGAAAUCUGACUCUGCAUAUAUUAUCCGCUCAAUACAAGAUAAUGGUGAUGAAGUAAUUGUCUGUCUUUCUAACAAAGGAGAUAUUAAGAUCACAAAAAGCCAUCAUGGCUUUCAAAGCAAAAAUGGAUGAAAUAAUAAGUGACGUUAAGUCAAUUACGACAAUACCAAUGUUCACACUUUCACCUGCGAAAAAAAUUGGCAAAAAAGAUGGAAAUACCCCCAAAAAGGAUGAUAAAAUGAAGGCAAGAUUUUUGGAAGCGUGGAAUAAUAUCAGAUAUGAUUUCGGAUCUGAUGCUUCGUUAAAAAAAGAUAUUCCAAUAUGGAUACUUGGUGUCUGUCAUCAUGCUACCGAUCUUAAUCAAGCAUUGCCAGAUGAAGAAGAUCAGAAUAGAGAUCUCCCAGUAUUUGGAAGCCUUCUUGCAAAACAAGUUUUCACAGAUUUUGCGAGUCGUCCAUGGUUCACAUAUCGGAAACAGUUUCCGCCAAUUGAAGGUACAAAUAUUACAUCGGAUACUGGAUGGGGUUGCAUGUUACGGACUGCUCAAAUGAUGAUCGCACAAGGAUUGAUGUUUCAUCAUUUAGGUCGAGAUUGGAGAUGGUUUCAAAAUUGGAAUAAACAUUUACAACAUCUUCAUCGAAAUAUAAUCAGCUUAUUCAUUGAUCAUCCAGAUUGCCCUCUGAGUAUACAAUGCUUAUCACAGACUGGUCGUAUGUUUGGUAAUAUUCCUGGUAACUGGUAUGGUCCCAAUACUGUAGCCUAUAUCAUGCAACAAGCUCUCAAUUUACCUAAAUUUAAUGUUGAAGAAUUUGAUGGCAUCGCUGUAUAUGUUGCCCAGGAUUGUACAGUUUAUUCUGAUGAUGUAUAUGAUUUAUGUGGAUGGACAAAAGACACUGAUGAAACAACCUCACAAAGACAAAUGAACAAAUCUAAAGAACUAGAUUCCGACCCAGACACGACAUCCGACGCUUCGUCUUAUGUGGAUGAAAUCGGGUCGGAAGUUUACGAAAAUUCAGAAUAUUUUGUUCCAACGUUUUCCACCGAUGAAAUUAUUCCCACAAAAAAAAUUGUCAAUAAUAUGAUACCGAUGGUGGAGCUACAACACCCUGCCUUUAUAAACCCGGAUGAUAUAAUUGAAGAAGCAGACCGCACUGAAAAUCCAAAACUCAAACAAAUUGUAAACGUUGUGGGGGAGUCGUCUGUUAUAGAGAAUGAACAAGAAAAUCAAAUACAAGGGCAGCAAUAUUCAGGAAACGUAUAUAUGACAAAAAUUCUGGCUGGGGAUGAUCUAGUUGAGAAAGGAGUAACUAUAAAUUCAAAACCCAAACUUUUACAAAACGAAGAUCAAAACGUUUUGGGUGAAAUUGGCCAUUCUUUUGUGGUUGGGAACAAAAAUGAAAAUCAAAAACACAGACAGCAAGAUUCAGUGAAUGAACAAAUGACGCAAAUUCCGACCAAAGAUGACUUAAAUGAAAAACCAGAUCGAACUAAAAAUCUAAAACCUAGACUUGUUGAAAACGUAGAUCGAAAUUUUUUGAGUGAAAUUGGCCAUUCUUCUGUUAUGAACGAAAAUGAAAAUCUAAUACUUGGGCAGCAAAAUUCAGUAAAUAAAGAUAUGACAGAAAUUCUGGCUGAGAAUCGAAACAAUACCGCACCAGUUCAAGAUAAAUCUAAUUCAGAGAAUGUAAAAAGUGAAACUUCAAAUUGUUCAGACGGUAGAUCUGAGGAUCUAGAAGAUUCUAAUUUGAACUCAGGACUAUUAUCAAACAUUAAUUAUGAACAUUUGGAAGAUGGGGAUAUUUCUAAGAACAAUUCUGAGGGAAAUCUAACAAAACACAAACCUAACACGAAAAUUCGUGAUCUAUUCAAAAAUUUACCGCAACGAAGCAGUCAAAAUCCGCAAAAUUUACCUCAACUUCAAUCAGCGAACAAAAACGAAGCCCGGACUUAUGUAAAUAAUCCUAACUCUGAUAUAUCAUCAAUUUUUUCUAAUUCGAGAAACUCGCAGAGUGUUUCUUCACCAACAAAAAAAGGUGAAAAAAUUGACGAAGUUUCGUCAUCUAAUGCCAGUACACAAAUCACGACCCCUGAUCAAUGUUCCGCAUCAUUGGGUACAAAAACAUUUAAUGAACAGCAGUCACACUCAAGUGAAUUCAUGGAAAAUAAAAAUUGUCAGCGAAGCAAUGAGUUGAUUCUGCCGGCUUUUGUACCACAUAAUAAUACAAUGGAAGAAAUUGAAAAAUCACCUUCUGCAGCAUAUUCUGAAUUCUUGUUCAAAGAAUCUGUUUCCUGUAAUCCCAGUCCGCAGAGGUUACUACAACCGUUACAUUUUGAAGAGACUGAAAAUAAAUUUUCAACAUUCGACUACGAAGGAAAACCAAAGAGUAGAAUGAAUCCAUUCUCAUCAUUACAUGAGUCAAUGUUUCAAAAAACUACUCAUAUUAAGUCAUUAAGAGAGAGUACAGUCGAAGAGUCUCAUGCGUUUUUAAAAUCACUGACUACUUCGAAUAAUCCAUCCUCUGCAACAGAAAAUGCCGAGUCACCUUCUUUGCAUCAACCAGCAUCUGCAAUUAUUCUUAUCCCGGUUAGACUAGGUGAAUCAGCGUUAAAUCCAAUCUACAUUCCCUAUAUUCAAGCUAUGUUGUCUCUUGAAUCAUCCAUCGGUAUUAUUGGUGGAAAACCAAAGCAUUCUCUGUACUUUGUCGGUUACCAAGAUGAAUACCUUCUACAUCUGGAUCCACAUUAUUGUCAAGUUGCUGAUUCUCCAACUGGUUUCAAGAAAAAUUUGCACGACUAUCAUACAAUGAACUUGAGAAAAACGAAUGUCAAGAAAAUUGAUCCAAGUUGCUGUUUUGGAUUCUAUUGUAGAAAUUCAAAAGAAUUCGAAAAAUUCAAAGAGCAAUGCAAAAAAAAUCAAAAACGAACUUUAAGUUAUCCCAUGUUUUUGAUCAUGGAUGGCCGUUCAGGGGAUCACCAGUUUUCUCCAAAAACACCUGAAGACCCUAAAGAACUUGGAGAAUCUUACGAUAAUUACGCACAACCUUCUAAUAUAGUUCCCUCAAAUACCGAGUAUGAUACAUUACCAGAAACAUCCACUGUGAAUCUUGAAGAGGGAAUUGGUGCAACCCCAUCACCUAACCCUAUUCCGUCUCCAAAAAAUGGUGGCAAGAGUCCGAAAAAAUCAACAAAAAGUGAUGGAUUCUCAAUGGACGAAAUGAGUGCAAAAUUAAAUAAACUUAUUCCUGAUCCGUCUAAAUUUUAUCCUAAAUUUAUGAGACAAAGAUCUUCAUCCCCAACUUCUAGAAGAAGAAAUAAAAACAAGGAAGAGGAAUCAUUAGAAUCCCAAUUUGAAUUGCUUUAGUAAUCUUUGAAAUACCAAACAUGUAUGACAUUCUAAGUCUCACUCAUUUAGACCAAGUAGUUCAAUUGAGAUGGUUUUCCAAAAUGUUUAUCGUACUGAAAUAUGGUUUUCAUUCAGUUUCUUACAGUAUAAUGAGCCCUUGAGUCAAUUUUUUCUAGUCAAAUUGGUACAUCUGGUGGUGGUGUGCUCCUUUUGCUUGAAAAAGCUCUACUCGCAUUAUUUGAAGUACGGCAAGAUAUGACGUCACGUGCAAAUCAUAAACAGAGAAAAGCUUGUCACAUAUUCUGCCAAAGGCUUGCGUAGCAAACUGCAGUUUUGGUCUUGCACUGGAAGUUUCUAGAGUGCGUUUUGACUCCUUGAGAGACUAAAGUAAUUGGGUUUUGAUGAUGCUUAUAUGUACUGAUGAAUAUGCACUAUGAGCCUCUGUGACAGCCUUAGUCAUUCAGCCAAUUAGCAAUAUACCAGACUCGUCUGACUACAGACCUCUUCAAUAGUAGCGAACCAAAACGAACAUUUUUAUUGCCAUCAAUCCAUGAAUAGACCUAUAGGCUUGUCAGAUUUACUUUCCCUUUUUUUGCUUCUGUAAUUUACUUUACGACAUUUACAUUUUUUUUAUCUUUAUUUUUAGUGCCUAGUUUUUUGUGUACUGUGUAGGUCUCUUAUUGCACAAUCAUUUAUGCACUUCUAAUGCUAAGUACAUUUCUUUCUUUGA